AUGCCGCUAUGCAUGCGCAUGUGCCACGAGCACAUCCGUGCCCAGCAUCACGUUAAGCAUGGUGGCCGGAUGCAGUAUGGUCCCUUCCUCAAGGGCAUUGGUGUAACGCUUGAAGAUUCCAUUCGCUUCUGGCGUGAGGAGUUCACAAAGAAGAUGGAUGCAGAUAAGUUCAUGCGCAGCUACGAGUACAACAUCCACCACAACUAUGGCAAAAAAGGAUCCAUGGUUAACUACACUCCCUACUCGUGCUCCAAAAUCAUCAAGGAAAUGGCGGCACCGGGCGACUGCCACGGCUGUCCCUAUAAGUCCGUGGAUCCGGCUACACUCAAAACAAAACUGGCCUCCUACGGCCUGUCGCCCAGCCACAUCGAGGAGGAGAGCCAGAUCCUGAUGGGCAACCGUCAGAAGCGCACUGCUGGCUCCAUGCCACAGAAGGCCAAACCAAGGCCAGACAUUAAGGGACAUGCGGACAGGUCAAUGCUCAACGGUGACGACGAUGACGAGCUGUGGAAGAUCGCGGAGACACAGGGACGGGCAUAUCAGAGCCAAAAGGACAUCUCGGAGGCCUUUAAUGAUGAUCUAGAUCUUACGGAAAUUACAUUCUAA